AUGGGGCUCUCGGGACUUCUGUCAAUACUGGUACCGUUCAUCCUCCUGGGGGGUGUCCAGGAACCUGGGCUGGUUGAGGGGUUCUUCAACACGUGUCCCAAAAUCAAAGUACAUUGUGAUACGAACGAAAUAAACCAAUGUCUAAAGAGCAGACAGUGCCCAGAGAAGAUGAAGUGUUGCAACUUUAACUGUGCAAGGAAAUGUUUAAACCUCAAACAAGACAUAUGCAGUUUGCCAAAGGUAGCUGGCCCCUGCCUGGCCUUCUUUCCACGCUGGUGGUAUGAUGAGGAAACUCAGGCAUGCUCCAAAUUCAUCUAUGGUGGUUGCCUAGGGAACAACAACAACUUCCAAUCUGAAUCUAUCUGCAAGACCAUCUGCAAAAAAAAGAAAGGUCGUGGUCUUAAGUAG